GCUCCAGAGCCGUCAUUCAAUUCAACUUAAUUCGCCAUGUAUACAGAUACUAGGAAUUUGAUUUGGUCUUCUCCAUGCAGGCAACACACAGUAAAACAGAAAGACAAAAACACAACACAAGGACGAACAGUACCGUUAUGAGCAAUCAAUUAAUAGGAAUGAAGAUGGAGAAUAAAUUUAAAGUGCAAUGGUGUCCAAGUUUUAAGAGUUAUUUAGGAGGGCCAUUGCUUGGGGGAGAAAACUGUGGAGGUGAUGUUUUGGACAUAAUAGCCCUGUACCGCUUUCCAGAGGGGAGAAGAUUAAACAGACUAUUGGCAGGAUGGGAGGGGUCAGCCGCAAUCUCCAGUGCUCGGUUAAUGGUCCUGGAGGUGUGCAUCCAUUGCAGCUUCACAAUCUCAGGGAUGCUGUCUGUUUCAAUGAGUCCCUCUGCAUUCCCUUGCAUCCAAUGUUAGAGAGCCUGCUGAUGAUUAACUCAUGAGAAUUCCCAAAGAAGUUUACAUUUCUAAUUAAUAAAUCAAUGUUUUUAUGAUUCCCCUUUAUAUCAAAGUAAAUAUGAAGGCUGCUCAACACUGAUUUUGGUGUGAAUAGGAACACACUUGGUGUGGUAAACAAGUGCUCAUGAGGGGUUAGGGGCUUAGCGAUUGGAGAGAUUAAUCCCAUGAGAUAAUGUCUACGCAUUACUCGGUCUCCACAUGUCAUGCUGCGGACGACAACUUCAGGACUCACUCAAAGACUGAGGACCGGUUCGUUAAGGCAGCGUAUUCCUAACGAUGAACAGUCUGGAAGGCGUUUCGUUUCAGACGCCCGCCGGCUCACUAGGGGAGACCCGGGGCCAGCUUGCACCGGCAGGGAAGCCAGACUUCCCAGUCCCCGAUUGCCGUCAGAUACUGCGAGACACCAAGUACGACUUUGCCCUUGAACGCCGGGUGCUGAUUGGCUACGAGCCUGGCUAUCAAAGAAGAGAAGCAUGGCCCGCCUCCCUGGUGCAGAGGCUCCCCAAGCCUCCGUCCUGCCCUCCGUUCUCCAUGAUGUUCAGCGGCCUUCAGGAGGGCUCCUGGGCCGGUCCGAGGAGGAGCGACCAGCGGGACCAAGGCCCUCGGCCCCGGAGCCACAGCCUGAACGCCGCAGACAUCCGGCGCCUGCACCCCCGCACGGCCCGCUUCCGCAUCCUCAACCCCGACGACGAGGCCGGAUACUCGGAGGACGACGAGGGCUCCUCCACCGACGACGGGGUCCGCCGCUUUGUGGUCAGAGAGCGCUCCAGCAGCUGUUCCCCAAAGGACACGCCCCCCAGAUUCAGGGAGCUCCACGCCGGCUCCUCUGCGCCGCACUGUAAGCACCAGGGCCAGGCCCGGCCGCUGUCUGCCUCCAGCGGCCGCAGACAGCCGGCGCUGGAGCAGAGCCUGCACGGCAGCCCCCCCUGUCCAGGGGGGAAGCACUGCAGGAAGAAGCAGGCCUCCCUGGGCUCCGUGAACAAGAAGUACGCAGCCGGCGGCGGAGCGCUGUCCGUCUGCGGCUCUCAGGUCAGGCCCCAGCAGCCGAGGCCGUCCUCCGCGGGAUCGACAGUCAAGAGCCACAGGCAGAAGACCCUGAGAGUGGUGGGACCUCGCGGGGUUUCCUUCGACCAUUCCGAGGAGCUGCUGUCGGCCCUCAGCGAGGACGAGCGAGAGCUGCUGGGGGCCGUCACGAGGAAAGGCUUCCCGCUACGCAAGGCCAUCCUGGCCCUGCAGAAGACGGCCUACCGGAACCCCGAGCAGAUCCUGAGUUACCUGGGGGCCACCAGUCAUCUGUGUGAGUUGGGAUACGAGGAGUCCCAGGUAGAGGAGGCCCUUGAGAUGUUCCAGAACUCUGAGAGCAAGGCUUCCGAGUUCCUAAGAGUCCUGACCCAGUUCCAGGAGAUGGGCUUCCAGCAGAGCGCUAUCAAAGCGGUUCUCCUGGUCCACGAGAACAACCGUGAGAGGGCUCUGGAGGAGCUCAUGACUCACACAGCCUAACACAAAUCUCCCUGCUUUCUUGCAGCAUUUCACGGAGGAAUGACCCCUUUUGGUCGGUCCCACUCGGAAUUCUGAGAGUAUACCGAGUUGCUAAAUGCUCUAAAUGUAAAUGUGAAUGUGAGUAAAUUUAAAUGUAAAACUCUUAAUGAAUGUUAAAUGCUUACUGUUUAGACAUUUUGACUAGAAAUAGGGAUUUUGAUUGUUCCUGACUAAUAGUCAAAUUUUAGAGGUGUUGAUGUGUACCAAGCUUGUGAUAAUCGCGAUAAACUUUUUGUUUCAUCUUGAAAUAAAGGGAAUGAUGAACACCUGC